AGUAUCGGCAGCCCUCUAACCCAUCCACAUCACCGGCCGGGGUUGCCAGGAGGACGUCGCUGGUGUCUGGAGGGAGGGAGUGGUGGUGGGGUGGGGGAGAGGCACGGAAGGCGGUAGAAUGGCACAGCGCUACGAGGAGCUCCCGUACGGAGGUCUGGACGGGCUCACGCCGGCCAUGGCCGCGUCCGUCUACGGGGACCCGCACGGUCCCCGGGGCCUGCACCACCACCACCACCACCUGCCCCCGGGGCCCCCGCUGCACGCGCCGCCCUACGGGCACCCGCAGCCUCCUCCGCUCGGCUCCGCGUCGGGCGACAGCGUCAAGAGAGACAAGGACUCCAUUUACGGACACCCGCUCUUCCCUCUGCUGGCGCUCGUCUUUGAGAAGUGCGAGCUGGCCACCUGCACGCCCAGGGAGCCCGGCAUCGCCGGCGGGGACGUCUGCUCGUCGGCGUCGUUCAGCGAGGACAUCGCGGUGUUUGCCAAACAGAUACGUACGGAGAAGCCGCUCUUCUCAUCCAACCCUGAGCUGGACAAUCUGAUGAUUCAGGCCAUCCAGGUGCUGAGGUUUCACCUGCUGGAGUUAGAGAAGAAUCCUUGUCCGGCAUCAAACUUUAAACGCCGCCAUUCUGUGAACGUGGCAGUCGGAACUGUGCUCACCUCCACGUAUAGAAGCGACGCUCAUCACGUACUGGUCCACGAGCUGUGCGACAACUUCUGCCACCGCUACAUCAGCUGCCUCAAGGGCAAAAUGCCCAUCGACCUCGUGAUCGAGGAGCGCGAGGGCGAGGGUGGCGGGAGGGGCGACAUGGACGACCUGCCCGCCCCGAGCAGCCAUGCGGGAGACCAGAACGUGCUGUGGAGCCGGGCGGAGCAGGACGACGCCGCGUCGGUGCGGUCGGGCAGCACCCCGGGGCCUUCGUCGGGCGGCCACGCGUCCCACAGCGGAGACAACUCGAGCGAGCAAGGCGACGGGCUGGACAACGGCAUGCUGUCCGGGGACGACGACGAGCUGGACAAGGAGCGCAAGCAGCAGAAGAAGCGCGGCAUUUUCCCUAAGGUGGCCACCAACAUCAUGCGGGCGUGGCUCUUCCAGCACCUGACGCACCCAUACCCUUCAGAAGAGCAGAAGAAGCAGCUGGCCCAGGACACGGGCCUUACCAUCCUGCAGGUCAACAACUGGUUUAUCAACGCACGGCGACGGAUAGUCCAGCCCAUGAUCGAUCAGUCCAACAGGGCAGUGGGACAAGGUGCAUACAGCCCCGAGGGAGCGGCGAUGGGAGGGUUCAUCAUGGACGGAGCGCAGCACAUGGGCGUGCGUCCACCUGGUCCCAUGCAAGGGAUGGGUAUGAACAUGGGCAUGGAGGCCCAGUGGCACUACAUGUGACCGAUUGCGAUUCACGUUAUUCAGCCUCCACUGCCUUUCGAUGUGUGCCAGCGUACAUCGACGCUGCUCAACGUCCCCACCCCCUUUCCCUCCACCUCCUCUCCGUCCCUCCUCUCCGUCCCCCCUCUCCGCCCCCCCGACCGCCGGCACGGCUGCUGCGUCGUCGCACCUCGUCCAUUCCUAAACACGCACGAACCCUCGAGGAAGACGGCCCGGGCGGCCCGGCGACGGCCUGACGUCAAGGGCCCGAGAAUCCCCUCGUCGACGCCGCCGCCGUUUUUCCAAGCGUUCCGUCCGUCGGAAUCUGCCGAGCGCGUUCGCCGGCCACGCUUCGCGGUCGCGGGGAACAAAAACAGAAAAGCCAUCGUCCUCUUAAAUGCGACACUCGGGAAAGCACCGUGCGGCACAUUCUCUUUUCAUUUUCGCGGUGCGGAUGCUGACUUAAAUUUUUGAGUUGGAAAAAACAGAGUAGAUGCGUCGAUGUGCGAUGACGUAAAGAGUGUUGCCCCACCGGUAAAUAUUUUUUGCCCAUUCGACAGUGUCAAGUAAAAGUUGACGGGCAAAAGUUACCGCUCAUUUUUUUUUUUCGCUUUUUCCCAGCACCCCAGUGACUUUGGGUUGAAAAAAGCGGCGCUUUAACGGAUGACAUUGAGGGGGGUGGGGGUGGUUAUGGGUCCUGGCGAAGAUGGCGGGAGGAGAAGUUCCCCUUGCUUGAGGAAACGUGGGCAAGCCAACGGCAUGGAGGCGCUCCGCCUGAUGACUCCUUGUGCCCCUGCACCGCCGGACUGGACUCACGACGGAGGGGGACGGGGUGGAGCCACACUGGGGGGGGGGGGGAG